UUUUUAACUCAUUUUCCCGACUUUCGUCCCCUUUCAGAUUUAGGGAGUGCAACACCACUCUCUUCUUCAACCCCCUAAAACCCUAGUGGUUGUUAGUUGUUACAGGACCAAAGUAGCAUUAACAUUCAGCCAUGCCCCAAAAUGAAGACGUUCGCUUCACUUCAUCUUCUAUAAAAAAAUUCCCUCUCUUCUCCCCGCCUCCUCUACACCACCACCGCCAUACCCCUAACCCCCUACACUUUAUUCUACAAAGUUUUCCCAAAUUCUCACACCCAUUUCAUCAAAAUCUCAAUCCCAAAAUUGGAUUUUUUCAAACUUUAUCCAAAAAGUUCAAUCCCCAAAUUACAAUUCUUCAAUUUCUAAGAAAACCCAGAAACAUCAACCCAUUUUCCUGUAAUUUAUCAAAUACUCCUCUACUUUGUUGUGCUUCAAUCGCGUUGACUCAGAGCAACCCGGAUAACACUGCCAGUUUGACUGCGUCUUCGUCGGGCCCGAAAGCAGGGAGUGGGAAUGAGGAGAGAGUUUUGAUUAGUGAAGUGUUAGUGCGAAACAAGGAUGGCGAAGAACUUGAACGGAAGGAUUUGGAGAGUGAGGCGUUGAAUGCACUCAAAGCAUGUCGACCCAAUUCGGCACUUACUGUGAGAGAGGUGCAAGAGGAUGUGCAUAGGAUCGUUGCCAGUGGGUACUUUUGCUCCUGCAUGCCUGUUGCUGUGGAUACCAGAGAUGGUAUUCGCUUGGUAUUUCAGGUAGAACCAAACCAAGAGUUCCAUGGUUUGGUAUGUGAAGGAGCCAAUGUGCUUCCAGCAAGGUUUAUAGAAGAUUCUUUUCGAGAUGGAUAUGGAAAAAUUGUUAAUAUCAAGCGGAUAGAUGAAAUAAUAAUCUCUAUAAAUGGUUGGUACAUGGAGCGGGGUCUUUUUGGAGCGGUAUCGGGUAUAGAGAUGCUCUCUGGAGGUAUGAUUAGGCUAGAAGUUUCUGAAGCUGAGGUGAAUAACAUAGCCAUCCGUUUCCUGGAUAGGACUGGUGAGCCAACUGUAGGGAAAACAAGGCCUGAAACUAUACUUAGGCAACUUACUACAAAGAAAGGACAGGUUUACAGCAUGCUUCAAGGGAAAAGAGACGUGGACACUGUCUUAGCUAUGGGCAUUAUGGAAGAUGUUAGCAUUAUUCCCCAACCUGCUGGAGACACCGGUAAGGUAGACUUGGUUAUGAAUGUUGUUGAGCGCAAGAGUGGAGGUGGUAUUUCUGCCGGUGGUGGAAUUUCUAGUGGGAUCACAAGUGGCCCCCUUGCUGGAUUGAUUGGAAGUUGUGCCAUAUACCACAAGAAUCUUUUUGGGAGAAAUCAAAAGCUGAAUUUGUCACUAGAGCGGGGGCAAAUUGACUCAAUCUUUCGGAUAAAUUACACAGAUCCAUGGAUUGAAGGAGAUGAUAAGAGGACUUCAAGAUCAAUCAUGAUACAGAAUUCGAGGACACCUGGCACACUUGUUCAUAAUCAACCCGAUGGUAGCCUGACAAUUGGACGUGUCACAGCGGGGAUUGAGUACAGUCGGCCAUUCAGGCCAAAGUGGAAUGGGACAGCUGGAGUCAUGUUUCAGCGUGCUGGUGCUCGGGAUGACAAGGGGGGUCCUAUUAUAAGGGAUUACUACAGUAGUCCACUUACUGCAAGUGGCAACACUCAUGAUGAUAUGUUACUUGCCAAACUUGAGGCUGUCUAUACUGGUUCUGGUGACCCUGGUUCUUCAGUGUUUGUUUUUAACAUGGAUCAGGGACUUCCUGUGUGGUCAGAGUGGUUAGUUUUCAACAGAGUCAAUGCUCGUGCUAGAAAAGGAUUGGUAUUAGGUCCUCUGCAUCUUCUCCUAAGCUUCUCUGGUGGUCAUGUGGUUGGUAAUUUUCCGCCACAUGAAGCAUUUGCGCUUGGUGGAACCAAUAGUGUAAGAGGAUAUGAAGAAGGGGCAGUUGGCUCCGGCCGAUCUUAUGUGGUUGGCUGUGGAGAAAUUUCAUUCCCUCUGAGAACACCGGCCUAUGUGUCUUUCCCUACAAUUUCUUAGAUCUCUCUCUCUCUCUCUCUCUCUCUCUCUCUCGUUGAUAACUGCGGAUUCGGGCCAGCUUGGAUACACCUUGAUUACAGCACGAGGGACCUGCAUCCUUCCACUCACCAGGACAACUACCAGUUAACUCACUGCCCAAGUGUUCAGAUAGCUGAGGACAUGAAACUUCUUGCCUCUACUAUGUUAUGGACCCAGCCUCACAUGGUCUUUGUUCCAGCUUUAUCGACCAUUAAGCUUCACCCUUGGGUUCUACAAUAUAUUAGUUCUCUGAUAAAUGUAAUUGGUGUGAAUGCUCUAUGUAUCUUCUUUCUUAUGAUAUUCCCACAUU